CGGCUCCGCCAUGAUAAUCCUCCAUAGAUCCAUCCUUGUGUACUACAUGUGCCUCAUCAUCCUCUCCCUUGGCCCGAAUCAUGUAGAGCUCUGCACUGCGCAGGCGCAGUCGUUCGUCUACUCCGGCUUCCAGGGAGCCGAUGUCACCCUCGACGGCUCCGCCAUGGUCCAACCCGGCGGGCUCCUCCAGCUGACCAACAACUCCGACAUCAUAGGCUACGCGUUCCACCGGGCUCCCCUGCGUUUCCGUCCCGGCGCCGGCGGCACGGUGCGAUCCUUCUCGCUCUCCUUCGUCUUUGCCGUCCAGUCCGAGUUCGACAAGGAGAGCAGCGGAGGCAUGGCCUUCUUUGUAGCCCCUGGCAGGAACUUCUCCGGCGCCAUGCCGGGCAGUUUUCUGGGCCUCUUCAACGCCUCGACCAACGGCCGCCCCGACAACCGCAUCUUCGUGGCCGAGCUCGACACCUUCGGCAACGGGGAGUUCAAGGACAUAGACAGCAACCAUGUCGGCAUAGACGUCAAUGGGCUAAUCUCCGUUGAAGCCCACACGGCUGGUUUCUAUGAUGACAAGACUGGUAGCUUCACAAACUUAUCUCUGAAUAGUGGGGAUCCGAUGCAGCUGUGGGUCGAGUAUGAUGCACAGACCACACAGGUCAUCUCGACUCUGGCUCCCCUCGGUGCCGCCAAACCUCGCAGGCCAUUGUUUACGGCCACCACCAACCUCUCUGAUGUGCUCAAGGACCCAUCUUUUGUUGGCUUCUCGGGUGCAUCCGGCUCACUCAGCACACUAUACUCCGUGCUUGGUUGGAGCUUUGGCGUGGAUGGCCCUGCCCCGGCAAUCAACAUCACAAGUUUGCCCAAGUUGUUUCGUGGUCGUCAGGAAGCUCGAUCCAAAGUCUUGCAGAUCGUCCUUCCGAUUGCCACCGCAGUGUUCAUCACAGCCAUGGGAACCGCCAUCACCCUUCUCGUACGAAGGCAUCAGAGGUACGCUGAGCUGCGAGAGGAUUGGGAGGUGGAGUUCGGGCCACAUCGGUUCUCCUACAAGGACUUGUACCAUGCUACAGAAGGAUUCAAGAACAAGAACCUUCUAGGCGAAGGAGGCUUUGGGAAAGUAUACAAAGGAGUGCUCCCCGUAUCCCACUUGGAGGUGGCCGUGAAGAAAGUGUCCCAUGAGUCAAGGCAGGGGAUGAAGGAGUUCAUCGCCGAGGUCGUUAGUAUUGGCCGCCUUCGACACCGCUACCUAGUGCAGUUGCUUGGUUAUUGCCGGCGUGAACAUGAGCUCAUUCUGGUGUACGAGUACAUGCCGAAUGGUAGUCUUGAUAAGUAUCUACAUUGUGGAGAGGACAAGCCUACACUUGACUGGACCCAGAGGUUUGGGAUCAUCAAUGGGAUCGCAUGUGGCUUGUUGUAUCUACACGAGAAAUGGGAAAAAGUUGUCAUACACAGAGACAUAAAAGCAAGCAAUGUGCUUCUUGACGGCGAGAUGAAUGGACGGCUCGGUGAUUUUGGCCUCGCAAGGUUAUAUGAUCAUGGUACCGACCUACAAACCACACAUGUGGUUGGCACCAUGGGUUACCUAGCCCCAGAGCUGCUACGCUCGGGCAAGGCUUCUCCUCUUACGGAUGUUUAUGCCUUCGGCACAUUUCUUCUUGAGGUUGCAUGUGGACAGAGACCCAUCAAGCAAGACUCGGAAGACGAACAAAUCAUGCUGGUGGAUUGGGUACUCGAGCAUUGGCGCAACGGAACCCUCUUGCAACCUAUGGACACAAGACUCCAUGGUGACUAUGACAAGGAUGAGGCCAGUAUGGUUUUGAAGCUAGGGCUCUUGUGCUUGCAUCCGUUGCCCACUGCGAGGCCAAGCAUGAAUCAAGUCAUGGAGUACCUCAGUGGAGAGACAACGCUACCAGAGUUGGCACCCACACAAAUCAACAACGUCAACAUGAUGCACAUCAGAGGGUUUCCAGACCUAACAACGAGCAUCGGCACAUUCUCUGGUCUCUCAGGGGGGCGAUGAUGACCUAUGUUUGUGGUGUUUAAUAUGAACAUGUACUUGCAUCUGAAGGAACAGUAGUGUACAUUAUAUACGAGUGCUUGUAUGGAAAAUAAAUUAGUAGACUUAGUAUGAUGCCCCUAGGGAAUAGCAAUCAAUUGAACCGAUCAGAUGUAUGAGCCCUCUGUUGUAACUUGAUGUGGUUAUUUUCACUAGGGCCGGUUUGCACUUUUGUGACACUCAACAGCCUUCUGCUAGCAUAGUGUGACACUCAAGAGUAAAGACCUACUUCCACCGUCUCAUGCCAGGAAUUUCUCCGCCUCAUUACACUUUCAGCCUGUCCUAGCCCAUAUUGCUCUCACUACGAGGAUUAUAUUAUUUAUAUCUAGGUCGGCAUCUGCAACGUACCUUCACGCGCACAAUGUUACCAAACCACUCGUGCUCGCUUCGGCCUAGCCUACGCAUUUCACCUUCCAAUAAGCUUGGCUAGCGUAACAGAUACAGAUACAGAGCGUAUGGGUGCUUACAUAGGGGGGAGGUUGAGGGACCUGGAGAUGAAAUCGCCGGCGACCUCGUCUUCCCGGGCGACGAGGUGCUCCAUCCUCGGAGGGUCGUCUUUGGACGGGCAGGGCGGAAGCCUGUCGUAGGCUGGGUACCUGCAGGUGCAGUAGAUGCCAACACCGUCCGUGUACUGCCUGCGGAGCGGAGCAGAAGCUGCUCGCGAGGGCGGGGUUGAGGGGAGCUUACGAGGUGGCUGUUAGGGCCUCUACGGGGUCAGCGGCCCUGGUUGCCCUGGCGGCGGCGGCGGCGUCGAGGUGCGUGGUGGGGGGGACGCGGAAGCGGUGGCGUGGGAUGCGGCGGUGGGUGGUGAGGAGCGGGGAAGAGGAGUAGAGGGCGCGGGGGAGGAGGGGCGGCGGCGGCAAGGGCCGGUGCCAUAGCUAGGGGAGGAGGGAGGCCAAGGACGCCGCGGGCUUCGUCAUUCCGGCGGGUGGCGGCGGCCGGCGGGGUUCGGCUUUUCCCCUUUGUUGAGGGUUUUUGCCUUUUGGGCUGUCUAUAAGAUAAGAUUGUGAUAUUUUUCGUGCUAAUUUUUUUUCGUGAUAUGAUAUUUGGGCGUGAGGAGAGUGUGUUUUUCAUCUAAACUUUGUCUAAACUAACAGAAUUUGUAGAAAAA